AAACAAAAUCUUAUGUUUGUAAGUAGUCUUGGCAAUGCUUAAUCAUUUUAAUAUCAUUGGAGAAAAUUCAUAAGGCAUUUCAUAUAACACCAUUCACAUGACACAUAGCCAAGUUAACCAAUACAGCUAAAUGCAAAGGGGGAUUGCAAGCAUUCCUAACCAUGCAUAAUCUUUUGUAAUGUUUUCCUCAGCCAGAUAAAAUUCAAGCUGCAUUUCACCACAAUAUUUUCAACUGGAAUCAACAAUGUAUAUCAAAAUCUAAAACCUCUCAUCUGGUUUUAACCGAGAGCUAAGCAAAUAAGUUUUUCUUCAACUUAUCUAUCCUUGAUAACAUUAAGCUGAACUAUGGCAGGGGUUAUGCAGAAUUCAUCCAUUUGAUUGUGGAGAUGAUAAAUUGUACAUUGUUAAGAGAGAUCAGCAUCAUACUGCUUGGUAUUGGUAUCUGAAACAUGCAGCUUGGGACUAUGUUUAUGAAUGAAGUGAUGAGAAUCAACAAAUAGUGGUGUUUUGACAAAGUUUAAUAGCGUACAAGUUUUAAUAUACAUAAAGCAAGCAGGUGAACUAGACCUGUCAGUAACAUGUAAUAAUAAAACUGCGUGUGAAAUUUGAAAUUUGCGGAGUCAUCUGUUAUUUCCUAUUUAUGGUCAUUAUGAUUUACUUGUUAAAUAAUUCAGUGUUGUGAAAAUUAGAAUCUGAAUAGGAAGGUUUUUUUUUAUAUUCUAUGCAACAAUUUCUCUGUUGAAUCAAUCUCUGGAGAUCAAAAGGCAUGUAUGGACCUACCAGAACUUGAUGAUUUUUUUUCUUUAAGAAACUUGCUACUAGGCCAAUAGGACUGGUUUUAACUUGUUAUGUAAUUUGUAAUGAAUUUAUUAGAACUAAAUAUGCUUUAUUGCAGAUAAGGAGAUGGUGGAGUAAAGAGAAACCAGAGCAGACUACAAAGAACAAAUGCAGGGGAAGAAAUGAAAGAAAAAUAAUUUGGAGACAGUGAAACUUGUUAAUCUCUUUGAGUCUGGCCAGAAGCAUCCUGCCAUUCAACAAUCAAGUUGUGCUUUAAAACACUGAUUUUGCCAGGAUCACUGGUAGCAGAAUCUGAACGUUGCUGUAAAGGCUGGGAGAUUCCAAGUUCCAAGAGACAUCAAUGCCACAGCGAGGAAUCGGAUUCUGCUGAACCACCCAACUUAUGACCUGAAGUAUCAUCUAUUGGCAGCUUGGCUGUUGUUGCUAGUCAACAGUAAAGGCAAGAUGACUGGGGUUUAAUGGUUGAGAAGCUUCGGCAAUAUCAGGAAAAACUGUGACCUAAGGAAAUGGAAGUUUUCUACUUGUUGGUCCUCCUCAUGGCAGCACUCAUCAGUGGAUUCUUUUAUUGCAACAUUGACUUCAAUGAAGCUCAAGUUGACAGCCAUUUGGGAAAGCCAAACUUCAUCAUAAUUUUGGCUGAUGACAUUGGAUGGGGAGAUCUUGGUGCAAACUGGCCAUUUACUAAAGAAACACCAAAUCUGGACAAGAUGGCUAAGGAUGGACUGAGAUUUGAGGACUUUCACGCUGCUGCUUCUACUUGUUCCCCGUCUCGGGCUUCACUACUGACAGGGCGUCUGGGCUUACGGAAUGGUGUCACCCAUAAUUUUGCUGUAACCUCAGUUGCUGGCUUACCACUAAAUGAAACGACAUUGGCAGAUGUUCUAAAGGAAGCCAAUUAUUCUACAGCACUCAUUGGUAAAUGGCACCUUGGACAUCAUGGCCCUUAUCACCCUAACUUUCGUGGAUUUGAUUACUAUUUUGGAAUCCCUUACAGCAAUGACAUGGGUUGCACAGAUGAUCCAGGGUACGAUAUUCCUCCAAGCCCACCGUGCCCCAGGGAUUCUGUAAUGGAAAGCUGUAAGGUCAAUCCAUGUACUAGAAGUAUAGCACUGCCUCUCCUUGAAAACCAAAAGAUUGUAGAACAACCUGUUAAUCUCAGCAGACUGACAGAGAGAUAUACAGAAAAAGUUAUACAUUUCAUCCAGAAGGCCAGGGAGAGUAUGCAUCCAUUCUUCUUGUACUUUGCUCCAGCCCAUAUGCAUGUACCUUUACAGUACAAUUCUCAGUUUGCUAACACCUCUACACGUGGUCCAUAUGGAGAUGGCCUACGAGAGCUGGACUAUGCAAUUGGCCGUAUACUGGAAGAAGUUAAUGCAGAUUUUCAAAAUAACACACUAGUGUGGUUUGCUGGUGACAAUGGGCCUUGGUCUGAGAAAUGCGAGUUUUCUGGAAGUGUUGGUCCAUUUGAGGGAAUAUGGCAGACACAACAAGGUGGCAGUUCAGCUAAAAGGACGACAUGGGAAGGUGGCCAUCGAACACCAGCAAUAGCAUACUGGCCAGGCAAAAUCCCAGCUAACGCAACAAGUAGCUCACUGCUUAGCACACUGGAUAUAUUUUCCACCCUGAUUCCGCUAGCAGGAGCAAGCCUGCCUCCAAACAGACGUUAUGACGGUUUGGAUAUAACAAAGGUGUUGCUUGGCCAAUCCCACGGUAGUCACAAGGCUCUCUUCCAUCCAAACAGUGGAGCAGCUGGACAAUUUGGGGACCUGAAGACUAUCCGUCUAAAGCAGUACAAGGCUUUCUACUUGACAGGUGGUGCCAAAGCUUGCAAGGGUGGAAAGGGGCCAGAACAGCAACAUGACCCACCUCUGAUUUUCAAUCUGUUGAAUGAUACAGCUGAAGAAAAACCCCUGGAUCCUCUUAAUCCUGAGUACCAUGCUGCGUUCCUACAGGUGAAGACAGUGCUGAACAACAUCCUCCAGGAUAUCUCCACAGAUAACACCUCCUUGGCUGAUUAUUCACAUGAUCCAGAUGUAAUUCUAUGCUGCCAACCAAAGCAUAUAGUGUGUAGGUGUGAGAACAUAACCUGACUUCCUUUUCAUAUUUUAAUUAUUGUUUUCACCAGACAGUUGGUGAAAUGACUGGAAGUUUCAAUAAAACAUAGAAAAUAACUGUUAAAAAUAGCAAAUAAAGAGGUCUUAUGGUGAGUACUGUACUUAAAGUAACAAAUAUCUUUAUAUGUAAACAGAUAGAUUUAAAUUAAUUAUAACUUUCUAAAUAAAAAAAUAUAUUGUGGCCAAUGAAAGUUUGAUAACCAGAAUGUUUUAGAUAAUUUGCAUUGGAAGGGCAUGACUCUCAAAAUACAAUUGGAAUCAUUAGGCU